CAGUGCCAAUGGGACCAGGUUCUCAUAUAGGAGCAGAGGGCUGUACAGCAGUAGAAUGGCCCGGACCAAAUGGCAGUCUCUGGAGAGGAGGAUCUCAGACGUGAUUCUGCAGAAGAUGACCAUCUCGAACAUGGAAUCGGACAUGAAUCGCCUGCUCAAGCAACGUGAGGAGUUGACUCGGAGGAAAGAGAAAGUUCUGAGACGCAAAGAACGUUUGCUCAAGGACUCAGGUCUGGUCCCUGGUCUGAUCCCAGAUCUGGACCCUAAGACACCAGACGUGGACCAGUCCCAAGACCAGGUUCAGUCCCAAGAUCUGCAAAAGUCCCUGAUUCCUCUAAUGGAGGAGGUGGAGGCUUUGAGUGCAAACAUCGACUACAUCAACGACAGCAUCUCCGACUGUCAAGCCAACAUCAUGCAGAUGGAGGAGGCCAAGGAGGACACAGACAGAGUAGAUGUCUCCGCUCUGAUUGGCUCCUGUUCUUUACCUGAGGCUCGUUUCCUCCUUGACCACUUCAUGAACAUGGCUGUUAAUAAGGGUCUCCAAGCAGCCCAGAGAGAAUCCCAGCUGAAGGAGGUGGAGGGCAGAUUGAGGCAGACAGAACUGACUAGUGCCACACAGAACCAGCUCCUGUUCCACAUGCUGAAGGAGAAGGCCCAACUCAACCCAGAACUGGAGGCUCUGCUCGGCUCUGCUUUGCAUGAAAAUGGAGACGACAGCAGCAGCGACGAGUCUCCACACAGUCCUUCAGCAGAGGGAAAUCCAUUAGCAUCAGAUCUGAUGAAACUCUGUGGAGAAAACAGGAGCAGGAACAAGGCUAGGAGGCGAACCGCGACUCAGAUGGAGCUGCUGUAUGCAAACACAGACCCCUCCCCCGACUCAAAUACUGCACUCCCAUUGGCUGAGACACCAGAAGGAGGCGGGGACAUGGAUAACAUUUACAAUGUUGUGUCUCCUGGUUACUCCUCCAAAAUCCCCACAAUGGGCGUGGUUAUCCCAACCACAUCGAAAGGUGUCCAGGUCUUCCUGUAGGCGUGGCAGAAACACGUAGUGGCAACAGAAGAGAUGUACAAGACUCCCAAUGCUGAGAAAACCGCCCUCUUCAAGGUAGUGGAGAACAUCGUAAUAGAUGCUUGUUACAGCCACCCAUAGGUCUCUCCACAGCCUUUCUAUGCUGAAAAAUAAACCAUACACUUAAAAUAUGGUCAAUUUAAAAUGUAUAUAAAUUGUUUAAGUAGAAUUAUACAUACAUAAUUACAUAUAACUUAUUUUGUGUACUUCAUAUUGCAAUAAUAAGAAAUGCCAUUAUUUUUUGCUACUUGAACAAUAAAUUGCCCCGAUAUUAAUCAGUGAUAAAUGACAAAUAAUGAUAUAGUUAAAUUAGAAUACUUUACUGGAAUACAUUUGCAAAGAAACUUGCAGAUGACUAUUUUUCUGAACCAUUAAAGCCUGAACAGAUAAUAAAUUCUAAUUAAGAUCUAGGUUUACACCUACUCUUCUAUUUUUCCAAUUUACCAAUGAAAUUAUGUUUAGAGCAGCACAACAACUGCAUAUGAUUCUCAAACAAGUUGCAAUUCUGGACUAAUAAGCUUACCUUACGGGAAAACCCAUCAAUCCCUCCAAAUAUGACAAUAUUAUACCUAUAAUAUAAAAUAAAA